AUGCCACUACAGCAACCAUUGAAGCAUUCCAUUGAUACGAAUUUGGUUGAGAAUCCAUCUGCUUGCAUGCCUUGUGUUCCAGAAGUCCAGACUGAGCCUACUGACGCUUUUAAACUCGAUUCUUCCACUACUGCAGGUGCCAAAUCAAGCUCACCAAAGCUACAAGAUUCGUCUAUUGAGAAUCAGUCGAUUGAGCCAGAGCAAUUGCCUGCAGUACAACCAGAAUUGGCAUUGCCCACCCAUUCGCCUUUGGAUCCUAAAACAGAAGCAGUAUUAUCUGCAGAGUCUGUUGCCAUUCCAGAUUCUCAGCAGCAGGAACAGGAACACAACGACAUUUACAUCCUCAAGCCGUUGUUGUGGAAAGAUACCAAAACUGGAGAGAAAAAGAGACUGUGCAUCAUCACUCAAAAUAACAAUGGUCCUUGUCCUCUCAUAUCUCUAUGUAAUGUGCUGAUCCUGCGAGGUGAUAUUAUCAUUCAUUCAGACUUGACCACCAUUCGCAACGAACGACUACUAGAGUUGCUGGGUGAUUACUUGCUGCGUAGGUCUGCACGGGACUCAUCUACUUCUAGAACAUCAGAACAACUCACAUUUGAGCACACCAUGGAUGACAUUCUUGUUGCAAUCCCAAUGCUGCAGUUUGGUCUUGAUGUGAAUGUUCAUUUCAAUUCUGUUUUGGGGUUUGAACUGACAUCUGCCUUGUGUCUGUUUGACAUGUUUGGUAUAAGACUUGUCCAUGGAUGGGUGUGCGAUCCUGACGAGCAGCCUGCCUACACUAUUGUCGCUCAAAAAUACAAAAGCUACAAUCGUGCUGUUGAAACUAUUAUAGCGGGCGAUACUGCUGGAGUGACCUUGGCUGAACUACACAAUUCUGAAGAAAUGCGAUCUUCUACUCUUCCCGGAAAUGAACCAAUGCUUUUGGAGUUGACUCGACGUUGUGCAGAUCUUGAAACCAUGGUCACCGAUGGUCUUACUUGUUCGCAGUUUCUAUCCGCAAACGCAACACAAUUGACACAUUAUGGACUACAAUUGAUUGAAGCAACAAUCGCACCCGGUGAACUUUGUGUGUUUUUCAGAAAUAACCACUUUUCAACCAUGUACAAGCAUCCCGAACAAGGCUUAUUUGUGUUGAUGACCGAUCAAGGAUUUGCUAAAGAAACUGGUAUUGUUUGGGAAAGUAUGGCAAGGGUUGAUGGAAAUACAGAAUUUCUAGAUGAGUUAUUUCAAAUCUAUCGACCUGGCUCGUCUGUAAACUUGCCUCUUGGCAAUUUCUCGACAGAUAUGGCUUCAUUUCCCUCUGAUGAUCGCGAUCAUGCUCUUGCCUUGUCAUUGCAACACGAAGAAGAAUGCCGUCACCGAGAGUUUGUUCAGCAGCAAAGCUUAAUGGCAACUGCGUCGUCAGCCUCGGACAAUAAUCAGAAUUCAAAUUCUAGACCCUCGCAGCGUCCACAUGGAGCUAGAGAACACUAUCAAAAACAAUCCCAAAAAAGCAAUUGCAUUGUACAAUAGUGCCAUUUCAAAACAUUUUACACUCAUAAAUGGUUUUCAACUC